AAGGAUAAAAAUAUGAAUGCAACACCCAUAUAAAAUGAUUCUGCCAAUUCAGUAGCCAACGACGCACACAGUCACAAAUACUCUCGUACAGAAGAAAAAAGAAGAAUUUCAAUGGCGAGUUCAAAAUUUCAAGCUCUAUGGAAUCACCCAGCUGGCCCUAAAACCAUUCAUUUCUGGGCACCGACCUUCAAAUGGGGAAUUAGCAUUGCUAAUCUAGCUGAUUCAACUAAACCCCCUGAGAAAGUUUCAUAUCCCCAACAGAUAGCUGUUACAGCAACUGGAGUUAUUUGGUCGCGCUAUAGCACUGUUAUUACUCCUAAGAACUGGAAUCUCUUUAGUGUAAACAUUGUAAUGGCCGGCACAGGCAUUUACCAGCUUAGCCGAAAAAUUCAGCACGAUUAUUUCAGCAAGGAGCAAUCUGUUGUGGCGAAGGAAUGAUGACGAAAUCAUGUGUUCUCGGUCGAUAGAUUCAAGCUAGAUGAACCAAGUUUGAGUUUGCAAUGCCAUCGGCUGGGUCUAUCUUUUUGCUAUCUGUUAUUUGUCAGUGCGUCAUCUGUGAUCUUGAAUCCUUGAAUGCUAUUGGAUGAUCGAGGGAAAAUAAUACAAAUAACCAGCCAUUUUGUAGUUUGUUGAUUUUGAAAAUGGGUGUAAUUGGACCGAGCUGAAUAUUGUUGUGCUCAAGCUUGGUACGAUUUGUUAUUAAUAUAUUAAGCCGAUCCUUCCUAGGUUCGCGAGCUUAUUCAAAGCUAAAA